CAGAAACAGCAAAAAUCCAGUAACAUCUAUCGAUCUUAUAACAACAACAUGACGAAACAGGAAACACUCUGUAUUCUGAUUUGGAUGUGUGUUUGCAGUGUCGGUCCUGUGUUUUGCUGGCACGACCUGGACAACAGUGAGUACGACUGCUGGCCUCUGGACAGACCGAAUGAAUACAACAUGAUCGACUGUGGAGGUCUGGAGAUGGCCUGGGUGGUCCGACCUCCUGAAAUGAUAAAGAGUGGGGAGGUGUUCAGUGUCACGUACUCAGUAACGGCUCAGGACUCCUUCUACCACUGGGCCAUUGACAACAACAUCUUCACACACAGUUCCAUAGUGACUGCUGAAGAUGCUCGGAAGUUUUGUGAACACCUGGACUGUCCUACGAACUGGAAAGAUGCAGAUGGAGAAAACUGUUGCAUUCAUCAUGCCAACAUCCACUCCUGCCCACUGGGAUACAUGACGACAGAGAGCAUCUGUGGCCCAUGGAUUCCAGAUGACGGAAAAAUCUUCACACACACCAUUUCAACUUCUGGUAAAAUGACCCAGACCAACUGGACAGCAAAGGUGGUUCUGUUCCAUCCGGGCCUCACCUCACUCAUUGCUCAUAUACGAGUCGGCCGCAUGCAGGUUGCACUGGAGGCCAAGAGCACCGUUCUACCUGCUGUAGUCUGCGGUGACGGUGUGUGUGAGGAGGCGGAGCAUUGUUCCACCUGUCCAGCUGACUGUGGUGAAUGCCCCAUGACCACGACCACCAAACUGGCCAUCGGUCUGCCAUUGAGCCUGCUCUGCCUCUGCUUUAUACUGACCGCUAUGUGGCUUAGGUAUCAGAAACAGAAGCUGCUGUGGGACGAAAGCUGGAUUAUAGACUUCACGCUCAUUAAACAAGAUCAGGGAGCUCGUACGACCAUGGGUAGCAUCAUGAGUGUACCAGUGGGGAACAGCGACAGUAAUACCAGCUGUAUCACUGCUCUCAGCACCUGUACAGGACAACCUGGAACCCGAAAAACACAGUUCACCUGCACUGGAAUAUACGAUGGCAGGACGGUGGCCAUCAAGAGGAUCCAAACCAAGACUUUCUCUCUGUGUAAAACCAUCAGACAGGAGGUCAAACAAGUCCGGGAGCUCGAUCAUCCCAACCUUUGUAAAUUCAUCGGUGGCUGUGUUGAGGUGCCUAACGUUGCUAUAGUGACGGAGUACUGUCCCAAAGGAAGCCUUAACGAAGUUCUCCUUAAUGAUGAGAUCCCACUUAACUGGGGCUUCAGGUUUUCAUUUGCCACAGACAUUGCCAGAGGGAUGUCUUACCUGCACCAGCACAGAAUCUGUCACGGCCACCUCAUGUCUCUGAACUGUGUCUUAGACGACCGCUGGGUUUGCAAAAUCACAGAUUAUGGACUGGCGACGUAUCGCAGAGAGGAUGCGGCAGAACCUCUCUCCACCUAUCAGCAGAGACUCUUAGAGGUGUACAUGCCACCUGAGUUCCACAGCUCUAACGUGGAACCAACACUCACUGGAGACGUGUUCAGUUAUUCCAUCAUUCUCCUGGAGAUCGCCACUCGCAGUGACCCUGUCCCAGCGGAGGAGUCUAACCUGGAGUGUGCCUGGUGUCCUCCUCUACCGGAGCUGAUCUCCAGUAAAGCUGACAACACCUGCCCCUGUCCUGCCGACUAUGUAGAGCUAAUCCGGCGAUGUCGAUCUCAGAACCCCGCCCAUCGGCCUACGUUUGAGCAAAUCAGGAAGUUUGUUCAUCGGAUAAACCCCAUCAAAGUCAGCCCAGUGGACAUGAUGAUGAACCUGAUGGAAAAGUACAGUAAACACCUGGAGGUGUUAGUGGCCGAGCGAACUCAGGAUCUGAUGCACGAGAAACAGAAGACAGACCGACUGCUUUAUAGUAUGCUCCCCAGACAGGUCGCUGAUGAUCUGCGCCAGGGGAAACCAUCAGAGGCCCAGAGCUACGUCAGUGCCACCGUCUUCUUUAGCGACAUCGUGGGUUUUACUCAGCUCUCCAGCAGCAGCACUCCUUACCAGGUCGUCGAUUUCCUCAACAAACUGUACACAACAUUUGAUGACAUCAUCGACAACCACGACGUCUACAAAGUGGAGACCAUUGGAGAUGCCUAUAUGGUGGUGUCCGGCGUGCCUCGAGAGAAUGGGAUCCUUCAUGCAUCAGAAAUCGCCAGCAUGGCUCUGGACUUGGUUGUCGUGUGUCGCACAUUCAGGAUCCCCCACAAACCUAACACCCAGCUACAAAUCAGAGCCGGAAUCCACUCUGGUCCGGUGGUGGCAGGUGUUGUUGGGACCAAGAUGCCUCGUUACUGCCUGUUCGGAGACACCGUUAACACAGCAUCACGGAUGGAGUCCACCAGCCUGGCCCUAAAGAUCCAGUGCAGCUCUAGUACCUUCUACCUGCUGGAGGAGAUCGGAGGUUAUAUGUUGGAGUGCAGAGGGACACUGCAGGUUAAGGGGAAAGGUGACAUGGUGACUUACUGGCUGGAGGGGAAAAAGAAGUCCUCGGCCCUGAGGGAUAUCAGCCCUGACCCCAAGACCAUCAGACAUGUCAUCACAGAGACAGAAACCGAUGGAGAGGCAUACGCGUCCAUGCCAGGAAGUCUGAACCACGACCUGCUCCUGGACUCAGUCUCAUAA